ACCACGCUGGUCCUAUAUGCCGCCUUCGUGGGGCUGGGAAUAAGCAUUGCUAUCCUUGGGCCAACAUUUCCAGAUCUGGCAAGAAAUGUGAACCAAAACAUCAGCAGUCUGUCUAUCAUUUUUGUGGGCCGUGCCUCUGGAUUUGUAUGCGGCACCAUGAUUGGUGGAGCUCUCAUUGACUAUAUGAAUCAUUUUUUACUUUUGGGUGUGUCGAUGUUGGCUACCACCGUUGGGUUUUAUUUCAUUCCUUUCUGCAAGAAGGCAGUCUUACUGGUUGUCAUGAUGUCUGUCUUUGGUGCUUCGGUUGGUGCUGUGGAUACAGGUGGGAAUGUCCUCAUCUUGACUCUUUGGGGAGACAAAGGAGCCCCACACAUGCAGGCCUUGCACUUCAGUUUCGCCUUGGGUGCCUUCCUGGCUCCCCUGCUGGCUAAAUUGGCCUGGGGUACGUCAGAAUCCACUCAGAACCACACAGAGUCCGACUUUGAAUCUCUAAUGCUGAACCGAUCCUCUGAAGCCAGCCCAGACUCUCUGUUUGCGGUACCCGAGGACAAGAAUCUGCUGUGGACGUAUGUUUCCAUCGGCACCUAUGCGCUAGUAGUUUCUGUCUUUCUGUUUGGUCUGUUUUGUAAGAAACGCUCAAGGCAGAAAAAAUCCACAGAAUCUAGUCAGAGAGUUCGAAGAGCUAAAUAUCAUUGGGCCCUGCUCUGCCUCCUCUUCAUCUUCUUCUUCUUUUAUGUUGGAGCUGAAAUAACAUUUGGUUCUUACAUAUUCUCCUUUGCCACCACCCAUGUUGGUAUGAAAGAAACUGAAGCAGCCGGCUUGAACUCUGUCUUUUGGGGGGCCUUCUCAGCCUGCAGGGGUCUGGCCAUCUUCUUUGCCACAUUCUUACAGCCUGGAACCAUGAUUGUGUUGAGCAAUGUUGGCAGCCUUGCUUCAUCUUUGUUUCUGGUGCUUUUUGACAAGAAUCCUCUCUGCCUCUGGAUCGCGACUGCUGUGUAUGGAGCCUCGAUGGCAACCACAUUUCCCAGUGGCAUUUCCUGGAUUGAGCAGUACACCACCUUAACUGGGAAGUCUGCAGCAUUCUUUGUAGUUGGUGCCUCUCUGGGGGAAAUGGCUUUUCCUGCAGUCAUCGGAAUCAUUGAGAGACACUAUCCAGGACUGCCAGUGGUUCUGUAUGUCUGUUUCACAUCAGCCAUCUUCACUGGAGUUCUUUUUCCUGUGAUGUAUAAAUUAGCCACCUUACCCCUGCGUCACCAGGCAAAAGAAAGGAAGAGUGAGGAUGGAAGAACUUUGCUUUCCAGCUCUAGGCUCAAUGACUGUGAGGCGGAAAAGAAAUGGAAAGACACAGAAAAACAGAAUGGAACACAUUCUGAGGCGCCCUGCGAUCCGGAGGGCGGUGCCCUGGAGCCGCACCUGCCGGGUGGGAAGGCUCGGCUCGAGCGUCACGCUCCCUCGGGCUGGUCCCGGGGUUGUCACCCCGGGAGACUCUGGGGCUCGUGGGCGGGGCCGGGCACAGCCCAGCACGCCCGAGGCUGGGGUGCACGGAGCUCCGAGGGUAGAGAGCGUCGUGGAGCCGCCACGCUGGAAUUGGAACUGGAGUUCCGUGAGGCCGGAGGGCAGCGGCUCCUCCGGGCCGAUCCGAGGCCAGAGAAAGAGUCCGAAGCUGUGGCCUCCGGGCGGAAAAGCCGUGCCGAGAACGUGCUGCGCUGGUUCACCACCGUGGUGCUGUGUGCCGCCUUCCUGGGGCUGGUGAGAGCUGGGUUUGAAACUCUCUCUGGCCAAGGCUGGAGCAAGCGUCCUGCAGGGAACGUGGUCUGCUUAGUGCCCGGUGCCUUGCGUGACCUUUGGGUGCCUUGGUUAAUCCCUUGGGUCUCAGUUUUGUCAUCUGGAAAAAGUGGGCAGAACUCUAAUCGUGGAGGGUUAUUGUCAGACUCAUUUAAAAAUACGUUUUCAAACAUGAGCAAACCUACUUUCCUGGGGCAAAGGGGAGACACAGGAGGGGAGCCCAGGCCUUUACCAGCUCUCUUUUGCUCCCACCCACUGAAGCUCCAAAUCGACCACAGAAAAGCUUUGAGAAAUUGCCUCUUCCUGGAGCCCUGA